AUGUCUGACGGGGCAGACCAAGAAACAGGGGCAGCUAUCACCCCGUCCGUUACUCAGGAUGCGAACACGAGUAGCGAAGAAACGAACUCAGGCAGCACCAGUCCCCAGUCUAGCCCGCCGCACGCUCAAAACGGUGCGGCUGCCGCGACAUUGACCGCGACCACUUCAGCCAGCACUUCGGCUUCGGGCUCCGGAGCGAGCUCGACGGCGCAACAGGCGUCGACGAGCAUCACAAAUACCGCGAAUCAGGAACAGUCUGUACGACGCAGGGUGAAGCUGUAUUUACUUAAUGCCGAACGGCAAUGGGAUGAUAAGGGAACGGGGUACGUGAGCUCCCCUUACGUCGACGCUCUGGGAGGAAUUUCACUUGUUGUGCGCGCUGAGAUCGAUGCCUCUCUCUUGUUGGAGUCGAAAGUUCAACCUGAGACCGCCUAUCAAAGACAGCAAGGAACGUUAAUUGUGUGGUCGGAAGGUGACAACUAUGAUCUCGCGCUAAGUUUCCAAGAGCGAGCGGGCUGCGAUGAAAUCUGGAAAACGAUCUGUCAGAUUCAAGGUCGCGAUCCGUCGGUCGACAUCACACAGGAGGUUGUAGAAAGCGAAGACGAAGGCCAUGAAGGCCAAGUCGCCCUCCAUACGACGUCGCGGACGAUGUUGCCCACUUGUGAAAUCAGUCAUUUACCAGACAUCAGCAAAAUCCUUCAAGAAUGUCUUCCUUUCCCCAUGCGGAGAGACAGCGUCGCUAGCGCGAUCGAGUCCGAGGACUAUAUUACAAAGCUUCUCGAUCUCUUCACGGUUGUCGAAGAUCUCGAGGACUUGGACUCGCUCCACACGCUGUACAACAUUUUCAAGUCGAUCUUCCUGCUGAAUAAAAACGCGCUGUUAGAUAUGAUGUUCACUGAAGAAAACAUAAUGCAGGUCGUCGGUGUUCUCGAGUACGAACCGAACAAGCCUCGGAUACGACAUCGGGAAUAUCUGAACGCGACAGCCAAAUUCCACCAGGUCAUUCCGUUCUCAGACCCUGAGCUGACGUCAAAAAUUCACCAAACCUACCGCGUGCAGUAUAUUCAGGAGGUGGUUCUCCCCACGCCCUCGAUUUUCGAGGAGAACAUGCUGGCCUCUCUGAGUAGUUUCAUCUUUUUCAACAAAUCCGACAUCGUAACGAUCCUCCAAGAUGAUCGCAACUUUCUAGACCAGCUGUUUACGCAGUUGAAGCAGGACACCUCUAUCGAGCAGAAACGGAACCUCGUCCUCUUCCUGAAGGAGUUCUGCAAUUUCUCACAGACGUUACAACCGCAAAGUCGAGAGCCGUUUUUCAAAACACUUUUUACAUUGGGUAUUCUGCAAGUUAUCGAAUGUACCCUGCAGAGUGAAGAUUCUAUAAUCAAGUCUGCCUCCAUCGAUAUCCUCUCUUAUCUAGUUGAUUUCUCAACUGCAAUGGUUCGGCAGUACUGUUUGGAACAGUAUCAGAGCUGUUCGGAGAGACUUCUCAUGGAAAUAAUUUUGAAACAAAUACUGGCCGACCCGGAACCGGACGUGGGCGUAUCCGUUCAGUUGAGUGGUAUCCUCCGAAUGCUCCUCGAUCCUGAGACGUUUGUGCCAACGGAAAACAAGAACUCCUUCCUCACCGGCUUCUACAAGUACUCAAUGCACGUGUUGACCGAUCGAAUCCUCGAGCAUCAGAAGACACCACCCACGCCGCCCAAAGCGUCACUACUGGCGCACAUAAUCGAGUUCCUGAGCUUCUGUGUGGAACAUCAUACAUACCAUAUCAAGAACUAUAUUCUGCACAAGGACCUUCUGAAGAAAGUACUCGAAUUCAUGAAGUACCGAAAUCCCCAUUUGGCGCUGUGUGCUCUCAGGUUUGUUCGAAGAAUCAUUGGUCUCAAGGAUGACUUCUACAAUCGUCACAUUACGGUGAAUUGUCUGCUGCGGCCCGUUGUCGAUGCAUUGAAACGCAAUAGCGGACGUUACAAUCUGCUCGAUUCGGCGAUCAUCGAAUUGUUCGAGUUCAUUCGUAGCGAGGACAUUUCGCUGCUCGGCAUCCACGUCGUGGAGCAGUAUGCUGCGGAGCUCGAAGACAUAAGUUACGUGAAAACGUUCAGGGAGCUCCGGUCGAAGUUCAACGAGCAAGGUGAUCGGACUCGCAUGAAAAUGCCCUCAGUGAACGACGUCGGUGGAAUGAUGAGCGCGGCGGAACUUCGCUACAAGCGUGAUCCACGUCAGCUUGACGAAGACGAGGAAAAAUGGUUCGAAGCCGAGGACGAUACGCUGACGACGACAACGACGAACAUCAGCGACCUCGAGGAGCGGCUGGCGUUGGACGACGGAGCGCCUCGUCAAGAUGGACUCACCGCCGUCAAGCUCGUCGACUAUCCGGACGAAGACAGCGACGACGAACAACCUCAGCAGAGCACCUCAACGCAGCACAACAACGGCGGUCAGUUCCGUGCCGAGGACGAAGCGGACGACGAGGACGAAGACCCGCCCUCAAAACGUCUGAGACAGGACGCUGAGGACGACGAGGAGAAAGCCAAGCCCGAAGAGCUCACCCCGACGCGGAGGAGACGGCGCGCCUCAAGGGACGAUGAAAACGAGGAGGAAAACGAUCGGCGUAAGCGGAUUCGUCAUCAUCGGGAUCCGCAAGCCGAUGACGUCGAAGAAGACAGUGACGAAGACGAGGUUGAAGACGAAAGUGAUGACGAUGAGGAGGACGAUGAUUCGGACGCGAACUCCGGUAGCAAAGACGGUAGCGUGAGAGCCGCUAGUGAAAUAUCAUCUUCCGAAGAGGACAGCAGAACGACGACAACGACAGACAGCGAAGAUGGCGAGAGGAACGUGAACGUCGACGACCAGGAACACAGCAACAUUCUCAACCGCACACAACAACAGCCUCAACAAACGCCGCAGGAUCAGCUGCACCUACCAACGCCCGAUCAGGAACAACGCGAGUCUCGGAAAGAUCAACAAGACCCACGCCAGGAACAGACAUCUCUCCUAGAGGAUAAUCAGGAGAGAAAAGCAUCAUCGACAGGAGCUCAACGGGAAGAAGGAGAUAAAUUGCUACAGGAGAAGGACAUAAGCUCACAAGACACACAACCAAAACAGGAUCAGGAACACCGGGCUCAACUCGAAGUAGAACGUAGUCCACCGCCAUCCCAACUAGAACAACUACAGCAACAACAAAAACAACUAACGGAACAACAACAAAUACAACAAUAG